AUGAACGGCGGCCAGCCGUAUGCCCUGGGGAGACCAAUCUCAGGUAAAAGGAGAUUGAAAAAGCUUAUGGUUCAACUUGAUAAUCGUGUAUGUGCAGAUUGUGGUGCUCCAGAUCCGAAAUGGGCAUCAGCCAAUAUUGGAGUGUUUUUGUGCUUGAAGUGCUGUGGUGUCCACAGAAGCCUCGGCACACAUGUUUCUAAGGUCUUGUCUGUGACGUUAGACGAAUGGUCUGACGAUGAAAUUGAAGCCAUGUUUGAAGUCGGUGGAAAUGCAUCUGCAAAUUCUAUUUACGAGGCUUAUCUUCCUGAAGGAGUGUCCAAGCCAAAACCGGAUGCGUCCCAUGAAGAACGAUUAAAAUUUAUCAGGUCAAAGUAUGAACAUCAAGAGUUUCUAAAACCGAGCCUGCGAAUUUUGUCUUCUUCCGAAAAGGCUUCUUUACGAGCAAGUCUGUCUAGGAAGAAUGUGGACAGUAUUCGAAGUUCAAGCUCCAACUCAAAUGGAACGGCAAAAAUUGUUGGGACAUUAAAGGUUAAAGUGCUGAAGGGCACGAAUUUAGCUGUACGAGACAUGCUAUCGAGUGAUUCGUAUAUUAUCUUGACUCUUGGAGAACAGCAUGUGAAAACGAGCGUCGUAAAGAGCAACUUGAAUCCUGUCUGGAACGAGGAACUCAAGCUCGAUGUCCCGGAAAACUAUUGCUCAAUAAAACUGAAAGUAUAUGAUCACGACAUGUUUUCUGCUGACGACAUAAUGGGUGAGGCGGAGAUAGACAUACAGCCGAUGAUGACAUCAGCAAUGGCGUUUGGUGACCCGGGCAUGUUUGGGGACAUGCAAAUCGGUAAAUGGCUCAAAUCUUACGAUAACGCCCUUAUAGAGGAUGCCACGGUAAAUAUUGUCGAUGGGAAAGUGAAGCAAGAGCUUUGGCUGAGGCUACAGAAUGUGGAGUCGGGUGAGGUCGAGCUCGAGCUCGAGUGGGUCCCGCUUUCGCAAUAG